AUGCCGCGGAGCGAGUGCCCCGACUGCUUCGGGGAGGGCAAGGUCACCGAGGAGACCGCGAAGAAGUGCCACAACUGCAACGGCGUGGGCUCCAAGGCCGCGGGCCGGGGCAGCCGCUUCGUCUGCAACGUCUGCGAGGGUGAGGGGGAGCUCGUCCAGGGGAGCGACGGGACUGCCCCGCGUGCGGCGGCACGGGCAGGGCCGGCGCCCCGGCGCAGCAGGGCAUGGGCCUCGGGCGGAUCUUCGGCAGGGGGCGCGAGGAGGAGCAGCCGGAGGACGACGCCCGGGGGCGCCGCGGCCGCGAGGGGGGCGACGAGGACCGAGGCGGGCGGCUCGGCCCCGAGGCGGCCCGCGGCCGGUGCGCGCGGGGGGGAGGAGGCGAGCGUGCCGCGGCCCGCGAGGGAGAAGAGCGCGGCCGGCGCGGCGGCCGACGCGGCCGCCGAGGUGGCGCAGCGGGGCGCGCUGGCGGCCUUCGGGGUGUCCGGCAGGGGCUUCCACUGGCACGAGGGGCGGGGGCUGGAGGUCGACCUCUUCUUCACACCAGGUGCCUCUUGA